GGCCCGGCCGCGGGAAGUCAACCCGAGUCCGCGCAGGGGAGCGCGGCUCCGCCCCUUCCCGCAGUUGCUAAGCAACCGGCCCCGGAAGUCGGCGCGGGCGGUGGGAGCCGGUGCGGCCGCGCAGGCGAGCGAGCGGGUGGAAAAAAUGGCGGAGGGCGGCGGCGGCGGGGAGCCGGACGAGGCGGCGCGGCGAUCGUCGGGGCCGCGGCCCCCGAGCGCGCGGGAUCUGCAGUUGGCCUUGGCUGAAUUAUAUGAAGAUGAAGUGAAAUACAAAUCUUCCAGAUCUGACAGACCUAAGGCAACAAUUUUCAAAAGUCCACGAACACCACCUCAAAGGACCGAUUCGAGGGAGCAUGAAUGCAGUGAGCUACAUAUAGUUCAACCAUCCACUGGAAAAAUUGUGAAUGAACUCUUCAGAGAGGCUCGAGAACAUGGCGCCGUGCCUCUGAAUGAAUCCACAAGAGCUUCCGAUGAUGACAAGUCUAAGUCAUUUACAGGUGGCGGAUACAGAUUGGGCAGUUCCUUUUGUAAGAGGUCUGAAUACAUCUAUGGAGAAAAUCAGCUUCAAGAUGUUCAGAUUUUGCUUAAACUGUGGAGCAAUGGUUUCAGUUUAGAUGAUGGAGAGUUAAGACCUUACAGUGACCCAACAAAUGCUCAAUUUCUGGAGUCUGUUAAGAGAGGAGAGAUUCCUCUGGAACUUCAGCGGCUGGUUCAUGGUGGCCAAGUGAAUUUGGAUAUGGAAGACCAUCAAGGUCAAGAAUACAUCAAACCUAGACUGAGGUUCAAGGCUUUUAGUGGAGAAGGACAGAAACUUGGGAGCCUUACACCUGAAAUAGUCAGUACACCUUCCUCCCCUGAAGAAGAAGAUAAAUCCAUCCUCAAUGCAGUUGUCCUUAUCGAUGAUUCUGUGCCCACUACAAAAAUUCAAAUCAGGUUAGCAGACGGCAGCCGUUUGAUACAAACGUUCAAUAGUACACACAGGAUACUGGAUAUCCGAGACUUUAUCAUACAGUCCCGUCCUGAAUUUGCAGCUCUUGACUUUAUUCUUGUGACUUCAUUUCCAAACAAAGAACUAACGGAUGAAAGUCUGACAUUACAAGAAGCAGAUAUUCUAAACACUGUGAUACUCCAACAGCUUAAAUAACCUUGCUCCUUCCUACCUGUGCUGUAGCAUACAGCCAAGACAAUGUGCCAUAUUAAUUAGGAAAAUUCUUACAGCAUACAACAAAUUAUUUCUGUUAUUUAUACAGGACUUUUAUUCUGUCUUCCACCCUUAUUAAAUUUGGGCUGGAAAUAGACCUUAAAACAAAUAUAUCUGAAUUUUCAUUUCAGGGCUGGAUUAUGUUAAUAAGCCUCUAGUUAUACAUGCAGAUCAAUUUGUUACAUUCUUAGUAUCAAUGUAACAGCAGUUGUUUGUAAAGAAAAUGGGUAAGACUCCAUUUUUGAUAAACACAUUGGGUAAAAUUUGCACUGAAGUUUCUUGAUACUGCAUUGAGAUAUCUUCUAAUCAAAAUAAUUUGAAUUUUUUUCUGUGAAAUACACUGGUAAAUAUCUGUGUCUCGCUAUGAAAUGUUUCAUCAUGCAACAAUUAUUAGCAUUAGGAUUUUGUGUAUCUUUUUUAUCUGCUGAUUAAUAUCAGAAACACAUCAUUUAGCCUUGUAUUUUAUAGAACUGUGACCAACAUAAACUAGAAGCAAAGACACUAAGGUUAUCAUUUCUUGAGAAGAUGUAGUAAAUAGCACUUAAAAUAGAGUAACUGAUUUAUUUAUUGAUCUGUCCAAUACAUUUUUCUUAGGGAAUCACUUUACAUACUAAACAUUGUUCUGAGUAUUCAAUCCAGAAAAUUUUCUCUUAAGACAAAACGGGCAUAGAAAGAAAUGCACAAAUAGAAAUUCAGCCAGACAUCUAAGAAAUGAGUCUAAGAAAUAAGCAAGGUAAGUGUUUGCAUUUUUGUCGAAGCCAAAUUAUCUCCUGAAAUGAGGUAGACUAUAAUAAGAAACAGAAAAAUCUCUUCCUCCCCUGUACAUCAUUUUGGCUACCACUCCUGGUUGUCUCUUGCUACACUACAAAUAUAGUAACUUAAAGUUAAACUCAUUAUCUUAAAAUUCUAUAGGUUAGACAUCCAAAGUGGCUCUCACUGGGCUAAACCAAGGUGUUGACGUGGCUCUGUUCCUUCUAGGGAGUUCUAAUCCAGACUUUGUAGGCUACUGUAUCCUCUUUUUUACUCUUUUUCACGCCAGCAAUAUUUCAUUCUCCACCAUUCUCUGUCUCUGCAUCUCUGAAGACAGGAAGAAUUCUCUGCUUUUGUGGCCUCUUGUGAUUAGGUUGGGUCCUCUGGCUAAUCUCACAUUAUCUCUCCAUCAUAAGGUCCAUCUCUGUUUCUGACUGUUUCUGGGAUAUCUGAGAGGACCUAUAUCACAUUCUGAAACUCAUCAAAGAACCUUUCUCAUAGCUUUUUGAUCUUUCUCAGGUACUAGCAAAAGACGAUACAACUGUGCUAUCACGUUUCUCUACAUCAGAUUACCCUGUUGAUCUCUUCAUUUUUUUUUAAAUUUCUUUAUUGGGGAAUUAAUGUUUUCCAUUCGACAGUAAAUACAAUAGUUUGUACAUGCAUAUAACAUUUCCCAGUUAUCCAUAUAACAAUACAAUCCCUAGUAGGUUCUCUGUCAUUUUGAGUAUGCUAAGAAUUUCCAAGUCAUCAGACUAUAUUAUGUUUAUAUAUGAUUAUUCUUCCCACAGUUUAUGUUUCCCCGUACAUUUUUUUCUCAUUAAGAAAAAAAGCAGGCUAGGGGCCUGGUGGUGGCGCACCUGGUUGAGCACACAUGUUACUAUAUGCAGAGACCUGGGCUCAAUCCUCCAGUCCCCACCUGCAAGGGGAAAGCUUCACGAGUAGUGAAGCAGUGCUGCAGGUGUCUCUCUGUCUCUCCCUCUCUAUCUUCCCCUUCCCUCUUGAUUUCUCUCUUGUCUCUGUUCAAUAAAUAAUAAAAAUAAAAGCAAAAAACUGGCUGUAUAGUCCAAACUUCACUUAGAAAUGUCCAGCUUAAUAUCAUUUAAAACUUAUAGCUUCGACUUGACACACAAUUUGGCUAGAAUUUUUGGCUUUUUUUGCCUCCAAGGUUAUAGCUAGGGCUCAGUGCCUGCACUACGAAUUCACUGCUUCUGAAGGCCAUUUUUUCCCUUUUUUUUUUUUGUCCUUGUUAUUGUAUUUCUUGUUAUUUGUUGUCAUUGCUGUUGUUGGAUAGGACAGAGAGGAAUGGAGAGGAGGGAAGGCAGGGGGAGAGGGGAUACAGACACCUGCAGACCUGCUUCAAUGCUUGUGAAGCGACCCCCUGUUGGUGGGGAGCCGGGGACUUGAACCAGGAUCCUUACGCCGGGCUCCUUGCAUUUUGAGCCACAUGCGCUUAACUGUGCUACCAUCAGACCAUUCAGAUAGUCUCUGGGGUAAUUUAGCCAUUCUCUACCACGUCCCCUACCUACUUACAGCCUUCACCAGCAUGACUAGCCAGGUGUCUACAAACAGAAUGCAAGGAAAUCUUUGUUUCUUGAAAUCCUUCCAACUUCUACCCACUGCCUAAUUUCAGAACUGCUUCUGCAUUUCCAAGUAUGUGUUACAUCAACACCCCAGUUCCAGGUUUUUAGAAAAGUCUAUUAUGCCUGUUCACUACCAGUGGACUUGGAUAUACUAAUAGGACAUUUGGAAGUCUCCUUUCUCUGGGCACUUGGGCUGUCUCGGUUCGGUGAAUUUGCCUGUGCCCACAGUCCACGACUUGGAAUGAAUGCUAUCAGAACUGCCACAGGGCCGAAGUAUUAAUUCCAGGAACCCAGAGGAAAUACAAUGUAGAGUAAAAACAAAAAGUUGUUAUUUUAAUUUUGCUUUUUAUCCCCCUUUUGUUGCCCUUGUUUUAUUGUUGUAGUUAUUGUUGUUAUUGAUGUUGUCAUUGUUGGAUAGGACAGAGAGAGAUGGAGAGAGGAGGGGAAGACAGAGGGGGAGUGACUCUCCUGCAGGUGGGGAGCCGGGGCCUCGAACCGGGAUCCUUAAGCCACUCCUGUGCUUCGUGCCGCGUGUGCCUUGUCCCUUUCCAUGAUUUGCAAACAAGGAGGAAAUAUAUCAUGGACUGUUCAAAAAGCCAAUCUUUUUUUUUUUUUAAAUUACUAUCAAUAAUCUACUUUUUCACUAAAGCAAAAUCUUUCUUACAAAAUAAUCUACUGAAACAAUGGGAUAUUUUAUUUUAGAUAAAAGGGCAUUAGCCAGUCUUGGAUUAAUAAGGCAGGUAAAAAAAAUUAACCCAAUGCCGUCAAAUCUAAUUUUUUUAUUACUGUAUAUAGUUUUGUCUCAUCAGUUUAGUGUAGCAAAAAAAAAAGAUACGCACACAAAAGCUAUGGCCAUGCUUUAUGUAAUCAUCUUCGAAAAUACAGAGACCCAUGUGGCAAGAGAGCAUCACAAACAUGCUUAGUGAGUGAGCAGUAUUUGCACGUGUGCCAAGGUAUUUUCUUUCACUUAGAACCAUUUUCACAAACAUUCUACUACUCCAGUUUCUGUAAUUUGAAAAGUUUAUAAUCUUAGUAAAUAUGCCGCGGUAACAGACAAACCAUGUGUGAGGUCAAAUGUUUUGCAUGAUGUAAUAAAAGUUUCAAGUGCCUGCUUCCUCAUGAUGACUUUACUGAAACUCACUGAAAAUCCUUCUCAACAUUUAUUUUAUUUACUGUUUUACACAAGCAGCCAUGACAGUGUUUUCAUCUCCUGUGGUGCUUCACUCUGAGGGACAGAAGGGAGACUGAGCUUUCGCGAUGUUAACUCAAUUUCAUACUGCUGUAUCUGUUUUAAUUGUACCAAAAUAAAAAUGCAAGUGGUUCAUUUAAA